AUGGCGCGCUCUGACAUUCAAUAUGGCCGGGAUCCGGCUGUCCCGGUUUACAAGAACCGGUGGUCGAUCGACUCCGGAUCGCGAUCACUGUCCAAGCGCAACGCUCGAAAGGGCUCCAAAGCCUCGAGCAUGGAAGAUCAGGGCAGUUUGAAUAACGCCGGGCGGGUCCCGGCAUACCUAGAUCCUGAUGUGUCGCGAGAGCCCUUACCCUUUCCGGAAUACUCCGACCAAUCUCUGUCUUCAGAGCCAAGGGGACAUGGCUCGAUGCGCUCAACCAGGACCACACCUGCAACGACUGCAAGCGAAUUUGCAGGGAGAUUCGACUCAACCUUAUUCCUGUCGAACGCCGGAGCGAAUGACUUUACAGAAGGCCUCGACCAUCGGUCUCAGAAGAACAAGCACGUGAAACCGAAAGUCCAUAUCAAACCUAUGCUCCGAAAGAUGUCUCGCGAUGAUCCAUCCUCCCAGUCAAUUGACCUCUCCCGCUCUUCAACCGAGCAGGAGGGCCUGGGCAUCUAUCUGAAUUUCGAACGCGAGCGCGAACGCCGCCAAAGUGAAUCGCUAACUAGCGCAACAUAUCGCCGAUCGACUUCUGGCAUGCACCACCGGUCGACUAGCGGAACCUCACAAUUUUCAACCGCAACCGGGUCGAGUGGAGGCAAGCCGGGGUCGCAGUAUGUGCAUCCCAUGCGCCCAACUCCCAGAGCGUACACCCCUCCAUUAAGCCAGUCGUACCAGACAUCGGUUAAUGAGAGCGAUGACCUGGAUGAAGGAAGUCCGGAAACCCAGGUGAAAAUGCUUUCAGGGUCAGAGCCGCACCGCACAACUCGUGCCUCCUCGGGUCCAAUUCCAAGGCUGUCACUCCAGAUCGACGACGAUUCUUUUACCCGUCUACCGGGCAUCUCACAGACGAAUGUCUCCGGCCGUCCAUCGUUUGGCUACUCGCGUGACAAUGGAAGCACCGUGGACACUGCGUCGCCCAUCUCGCGACCCUCUCUCGACUUUGUUUUCCGGAGUCGAACGCGGACCAGCACGGAUCCGGUUUCACGAGCCGCGACUAUCCAGGCGGCACGACAAGCAUUCGAGGAAAAAGAGGCAGCCAAAGCUCGCCGACUCGAAAAACAACAAAUCAAAGCGGAAGAGCGGCAGACCCGGCGCCUGGUGAAGCGCAGUACGUCCGAAGGCCAGGAUUCUCCGGCUGCCCAAUCUCGCGAAGAGUUCUCCGAAAAGAAAGGAGAUCACAAUUGCCCCAAACGGGCCACGCAGACGCAGAGUGAGGAGCCGUCUGUAUCAUGGAAGUCGCAGUCGAAGAGCACCUGGGUGCUUUUCAUGACAUGGCUUCGAACUCGAGUGUUCAAAUUCCGUCGGCGAAUCCGCAAGAUGAGCUGA